AUGGCGACAGUGCUGAGUGAUGCAGCCGAGCCAACGGAGCAGCAACAGCAGCAGCAGCAGCAACAGGAGCAGGCGUGGUGUGGGCGCACAUGGCGACUUGCACGCGAGCACAUCUGCAACAAAGACACGCUGCUGGUGCUGGCGUUGGGCCAGUUGCUGUCGCUGCUGAACAGUGGCACGGGUGUCACAAGCCAAGCGCUGGCGACAAACUACAGCGUGAACAUCCCAACUGCGCAGACCUUCCUCAACUACGCCCUCCUCGCCGCAGUGUACAUCCCCAUUGUCCUGUGGAAGCAGACAUACAGGCGUUCACAAGCGGAUGGGCUGCAAGCGGCAGCGGAAGAGGAGAAAGAGGCAACGACGGUGGUGAUUCGGGACGCAGAUGAGGAUGGCUCAGACGCACAACAUAUGCCGCAACAGAGCGCGCGAUGGUCUGUGCCAAUCACAGAGGCAGCGCAUGGACAGCACGUGCAACAUCGUGAGCAGGAGCAGCACGAGCAGGAGCAGCAUGCACAGCACCAGCAGCAUGAGCCGCUGCUUCAGGAUGAAGAGCACGCGCAGCUGGUUCGCAGUGAUGACAGGCAGUCCUUCCGAGACUUUGUGCGCACUGUGGUGUGGAAAUACAUGAUCAUUGCCGUGCUGGAUGUCGAGGCCAACUACGUGAUUGUGCUUGCGUACCAGUACACCAACCUCACCAGCAUCCAGCUGCUCGACUCCUUCACCAUCCCCAGCGCCAUGAUCUUCUCGCGCAUCUUGCUCAAGCACACCUUUUCCCGUGGGCAGUAUGCCGGUGCUGCCCUCUGCAUCCUGGGCAUUGUGGUGAUUGUGGUGGACUCGUUCUUCGCGUCAAAGCAUGGCGGCACAAACCAGGCCCUUGGCGAUGCGCUGUGCUUACUCGCAAGCGUGCUGUACGGUGCAUCCAAUGUCUCGCAAGAGCUCAUGCUGCAGAGUCGGCCUGCCGUCGAGUUUCUCGCCUUUCUCGGCCUCUUUGGUGCCAUCAUCAACGGAACACAGCUUGCAAUUCUGGACCGGGAGAAACUGGAGGGCUUGACGUGGUCCGAGCCCGUUGUGCUGCUGCUGGUUGGCUUUGCGGUGUGCCUGUUCCUGUUCACGUCGAUGGUGCCGGUGCUGAUCCGCUGGUCGAGCGCAACGAUGCUCAACCUCUCCCUCCUCACAACCGAUGUCUACGUCAUGAUCUUCGGUGUCGUCAUCUUUGCCAUUCGCUUCUCGUGGCCGUACAUUGGCGCGUUUGCUGUCAUCCUGGUCGGCAUUCUCGUGUACCACAAGUGGACGCCACACGGCCCCCUCGUGCCUGCGCUCAGCAGUGUGGAUCGAGCACAAGAGGUAGAAGGAGGAGAGGAAGACGAGGAGGCGGAGGACGGUACACAGCCGUUGUUACAGAAGAUGGUCGUCAACGCGACAUGA